UUUCACCGUUUAUUUCCCUCUCUUUGCGGUCACUGCCACCACCACCACCACCACAGCGGCGGCGCCGGCGACCAUCACUGCCCACCAUUAAAUCCACAAUUAAAACAAGUUCUACAGGCAACCUGGUUUGUAAUUGCUGUAUUGACUGAAUAAAAUGGCAGAGGUAGCAACAGAAGAACUGCGUAAACUUGAAGAUGAAACCAUGGAUGCCAGUAACUCUGUUUUUAGUUUGGGAGCCGUAGUUGGUGAUUUAACUAUUGAAGAGGAUUCAAGCAGCAAUGAUAUAUCAUUGGAAGGGCUACAACAGGAGCUGGAAGAGUGCAAAACUGAUGAGGUUGUUGCAAACAUACUAUCUAAGGGUGUGAAACUGCGGGAGUAUACUAAGGGAGUCGAAAACAAUCUACGCCAAGUAGAACUGGACUCAAUUCAGGAGUACAUAACAGAGAGUGAUAAUCUAGUUUCCCUUCAUGAUCAAAUUCGUGAUUGUGACAUAAUACUUUCACAAAUGGAAACUCUACUUGGUGGGUUUCAGGUUGAGAUUGGCUCGAUCAGUUCAGACAUAAAAAUACUUCAAGAAAAAUCUUUAGAUAUGGGGCUGAAGCUCAAGAAUCGUAAGGUUGCAGAAUCGAAGUUAGCAAAGUUUGUUGAAGACAUAAUUGUACCACCAAGGAUGAUAGAUAUAAUUGUUGAUGGAGAGGUGAAUGAUGAAUACCUGAGGACUCUUGAGAUUUUGAGUAAGAAGCUGAAGUUUGUGGAAGUAGAUUCCAUGGUUAAAACUGCAAAUGCUCUAAAGGAUGUGCAGCCUGAGUUAGAAAGGCUUAGACAGAAAGCAGUUUCGAAGGUAUUCGAGUUCAUGAUUCAGAAGCUGCAUGCUUUGAGGAAACCUAAAACAAAUAUUCAAAUUCUUCAGCAGAGCAUCUUGUUAAAAUAUAAGUAUGUUAUGUCCUUUCUCAAGGAGCACGGGAAGGAGAUUUAUAAUGAAGUUCGGGCAGCAUAUACCGAUACAAUGAACAAGGUUUUAAGUGCUCAUUUCCGUGCAUAUAUUCAAGCGUUAGAGAAACUUCAGCUAGAUAUAGCAGGUCCCACUGAUCUGAUUGGUGUUGACACCAGAAGCACAAGCCUUUUUUCAAGAGGAAGGGAGCCUUUGAAAAACCGGUCUGCUAUCUUCGCUCUCGGAGAUAGAAUAAGCAUUCUUAAGGAAAUCGACGAGCCUUCGUUAAUUCCACAUAUCGCUGAAGCAAGCUCAAAAAAAUAUCCUUAUGAAGUCCUCUUCAGGAGCUUACACAAGCUGCUUAUGGAUACUGCUACUUCAGAAUAUGUCUUCUGCGGUGAUUUCUUUGGAGAAGAAUCUGUAUUCAAUGAAAUAUUUUCAGGACCAUUUGCUGUACUGGAUGAGCAUUUUGGUACAGUUCUUCCAAAUUGCUUUGAUGCAAUUGGUAUAAUGCUUAUGAUCCGCAUAACACACCAACACCAGCUCAUAAUGUCUAGGAGACGGAUUCCAUGUCUUGAUUCUUACUUGGACAAGGUGAAUAUUUCGUUAUGGCCACGUUUCAAGAUGGUUUUUGACAUGCACAUCAACAGUCUGCGGAAUGCAAAUGUGAAGACAUUAUGGGAGGAUGAUGUGCAUCCACACUAUGUCAUGCGGCGAUUUGCUGAGUUUACAGCUUCACUUAUUCAACUGAAUGCUGACUAUGGGGAUGGCCAGCUUGAUCUUAAUAUGGAAAGACUGAAAAUGGCCAUGGAUGACUUGCUUAUUAAGCUCGCCAAAACAUUCACAAAACCGAAACUGCAGACAGUUUUUCUUAUUAAUAACUAUGACAUGACAAUUGCAGUUUUGAAGGAAGCGGGGCAAGAAGGUGGCAAAAUUCAGGUCCAUUUUGAAGAGCUUCUUAAGAACAGCUCAGCAGUUUAUGUGGAAGAAUUGCUGUUGGAACAUUUUGGCAGUCUGAUCAAGUUUGUCAAAACGCGAGCCUCCGAGGACCAGAGUUCUGGAGCUGGGAAACCAAUCACUUUGGCAGAAAUUGAUCCUCUCAUAAAGGAUUUUGCUAGUAGAUGGAAAACAGCGAUAGAGCUAAUGCACAAUGAUGUAAUAACUUCGUUCAGCAACUUUCUUUGUGGAAUGGAGAUUCUAAGAGCAGCCUUGACACAGCUUUUACUUUACUAUACAAGACUCACAGAUUCCAGGAAAAGAGUCGAUGGUGAAAAUUCCCACAACAAGGACAUCGUCUCCAUGUCAUCCAUAAUGUAUGAAAUCAGAAAAUUCUCUAGGGCAUUUUAAAAGAUCAUAAACAAUGGUAACAUUUUAGUGUACCAUGUGCUCAUAUAGUCAGGCAUUUUUCUUUAAUUGAUUAAAUAAUGUUGUGGAUCUUGUUUAUAGAGUUCUAACUAUGGAUCCUAAUAUUCAGCAUCUCAGUUAGACCUCUUAUAGCUGUGGUAAGUAUACGUACCAAACCAGCGGUGACAUGAUCGGAUAAUUGUGUCAUAAGGGGCUCAUGCUGAAACUGUAUUGGUUUGGUUGGAGUGAACCGCCUCUUUUUUCUCCGUUA